AUGUAUCGAAGGGAUGGCGCUCGAAAACGUGGCCAGCGAACCACCACAUCUAUUUCACCUAGACAUCAUGCCCGCCUGCCGGAAGAGGAUCAAACCGGUCUUGCGAGAUUGCGGCAUCUUACUUGGGCCUGGUUCGCAUUGCUCAUGGCGACUGGAGGCUUGGCUCCUCUUCUGUCACCACAAACGCAGCCACACUUUUUCCAAGGGCUGGACGUCAUUGGAAAAGUGGUCUACAUCUGCGAUCUGGUCAUCUUUAGCACUCUUAUCACGGCCAUGAUCUAUCGCUUCAUACGCUGGCCCAAGACCAUGCGUUCAAGUGCGACUCAGCCGAGGGAAAGUAUUUUCAUACCCACUAUGUCCAUCUGUCUUGCCAGCAUGAUUGCGUCGAACUCACCGUACGGUAUUCCAUCCAGUGGGCCUUGGCUAUUGGUCACUUAUCGCGUUCUCUUUUGGAUCUACUAUGCGGUCACCUUCUAUCUCUGGCUCUUCAUCAGUGCCGACCUGCAUCUGGAAGACAUGACGCCAGCGUGGGAUUUGCCAAUCUUACCAUUCAUGCUCUCCGGUACCAUUGCAUCAGUGGGGGGCUUGGGGUUUCUCGUCAGUUCUGCCAUGUUCACUGUGUAUUUGCGGUGGAUGACCGUGUUUGGCCUGCCUGAGCCAUCGUCUCGCCCGGCAAUAUUCAUUGCGAUAACCGCUCAGGUGUUGAACAUUGUUGCAAGCGUCUCGUCCAUUUUCAUGUGGUGCUUAUCUUUCUGGCUCUUCUCCAUCGCGAUGGUGGCGUGUUUGCUCGCUGCACGGGAGAUGCGAUUCAGCUUGAGCUGGCGGUCCUUUGUAUUUCCCAAUAUUGGUUUGAUCAUUGCAACGAUCAGUAUUGGUCGGCAAUUGCAAAGUGAGGUCAUUCUCUGGGUCGGUAGUGUUGCAACAAUUCUGAUGGCCAUGUUGUACUUGUUCAUUGCGACGAUGCAUGUCAGGGCUGUCAUCAAACAUCAGAUUCUAUGCAAAGGCCAAGACGAGGACAUGUACGAGCGAGAAGCUCAACCGAAGACUGAAAAAAUCCCCGAAUAUCAGGAUAUCGGGGAUGCGCAAUGCCAGAAACGAGACCAAAGAUGUUGA